AUGUCAAUUGAAGAAAGUAGGCUCACACAGUCUGCUGAGAAAAGGUUAAUGAAGGAGUUGGGGAUGAUGAGAAGUGAGAAGGGUUUAGGCAUUACUGUUUCACUUGCAAAGACACAUACAGGUAUUGAGAGGCUGGAUAGAUGGGAUUUAUGGAUUUCUGGACCAGAAAGCAGUCCUUAUGAGGGUUAUGUGUUGCGUGCAAGAAUGGAAUUCCCGUCUCAGUAUCCUUACCAACCACCAAAGUUCAAAUUCAUUUCUCCUGUGUUCCAUCCAAAUGUAUAUGAAGAUGGCAAGGUUUGUAUUUCUAUUCUUCAUACUGACCAAGACGAGAUAAUUGACUCAGACAUUUUGAACAGCACUUGGACUCCCGGACUUAAUGUUAGAACAGUCUGUAUUAGUAUUAUUUCACUUUUAAAUGAGCCUAAUAUCUUCAGUGCAGCAAAUGUUGAUGCCUCAAAGCUUUAUAGAGACGAUAAGCAAGCUUAUGAAAAAACUGUGAAAGAACGCUUAGAUGCAGCAGGUGACAGGGUGAGUGUUCCUGAAGAGCUAUAA